UAACAAUUUGCAACGGCUACUUUGUGUGUGGUUGUGUUGUGUCUCUCUCUUCCUUUUUCGCACGCAACAUCAAAGACCACAGCUUUCAUUUCAAAGUGUUAGGUGCAAAGAAAGUAAAUUAAGAGAGAGAGGGAGAGAGUGAAAGAGCAAAAGAAACAAACACCCACUUGUGUCUUGCAAUGGAAUCUGAAAGAGAGCAACUUGUGGAAGCACAAGAACAAGAAAAAGAAGAUGAAGAACAAGCAUUAGUUUUGAAAACUACUAAAGUGGUGGAGUAUUUGGUGCCAAAGAUGUCAAUUGAGCUUUUGUGCAAGUUCCCAGAUAACUCUGCUUAUGACUUUGACUACUCUCAGAGCACUAUUUGGUCCCCUUUGCUUCCCAGACCCUAUAGUCCCAUGGAUUUGGAUCUUAUCACUCCAAGGAAGCUUUCCUAUGACAUGGGUUUGGGAGCAAAAUGUAGUGUCAACAAAGUGGGUUCUAAGCUUAGGAACAAGUUCAAUCUCAACCUUGACUUCAUCAAAAAACAUAGCAAGAGUAAGAACAAGAAGGGGCCUUCAGAUUUCUCACCAACACCCUUUAGAGGUGCUUGUAAUCCCAUCAUGAACAAGCGAUGGGCAAGAGCACUGAAAGCUGCCUCAAAACAGUUCAAGAAAUGGAAGGUGAAGAAAGACCCCAUUGCCCAUAUGAUGCUACCCAGAUCAUGAUUAUUGAAUAUUUGUUUUGUUGGUGUUGUUAUUACUUUCUGUAAUUUUGGGAUUUCAUUCAAUCACUAAAUAUUCUCUGUUUA